UGGGGACAGGUCGCCAUGAGCGGGGCGCAGGGCGCGUUGGGCCUGUCGCUGCAGGCGGCGCGGCCGCGCUGGCUGUGGGGGGCGGCGGCGGGGCUGCUGCUGGCGCUGGGCGCCGUGCUGGGCGCCUGGCGCUGGAGGAGGGGGGCUGGGCGCCGCCGCCGAUUCCGCCUGCAGCGGGUGGGGACGGUGUUGAAGCUCUACGUGUACCCCGUGAAGUCGUUCCGGGGGCUGACGGUGCCGCAGGCGCGGGUGACGCUGAUGGGGCUGCAGAGCGGGGAGCUGCGGGACAGGUUUUGGCUUGUGACCAAGGAAGAUGGACACAUGGUGACAGCUCGCCAGGAGCCGCGCCUGGUCCUCAUUUCUGUGGGCUCUGAAGACGGGUGCUUGACCUUGGAGGCCCCCGAGAUGAAGAAGGUGUGCGUGCCUGUGAAGCUCCCCAGGAAAAAUCCCGUGCUGAACUGCAGAAUCUUUGGACUGGAUAUCCAGGGCAGGGACUGUGGAGAUGAAGUGGCUCAGUGGAUCAGCACUUUCCUGAAUUCAGGGCCGUAUCGACUGGUGCACUUUGAGCCCUCCAUGGUGCCAAGAAAGUCCAAGGACAUCAUAAACCUUUUCCGAACCACAGAUGAGGUUGCCUAUCCUGACUGUAGCCCAGCCUUGAUAAUCUCAGAAGCUUCAAUGGAAGAUCUAAAUACCAGGCUGGAGAAGAAAGUUAAGGUAGAGAAUUUCCGACCAAAUAUUCUUGUGGCAGAUUGCGGUGCUUUUGAGGAGGACACCUGGGAGGAUAUUCUUAUUGGCGAUGUAGAGCUGAAAGGGACAGUGUGUUGUGCCAGGUGUAUUUUAACAACUGUUAACCCAGACACUGGGGUCCUCGACAGGAAGGAGCCCCUGGAAACAUUAAAAAGUUACCGCUUAUGUGAUCCAUCUGAGCGACACAUAUACAAAUCCAGCCCUCUCUUUGGAAAAUACUUUGCCGUUGACAAAACUGGAACGAUUCGAGUUGGAGAUCCUGUGUACAAGAUAAUCCAGGAGUGAGAGAGAUUUUGAUCGGAAGACUCCUUUCACUUUGAUAUGCAAAUUGUUUUCCCAUGAUCAUGUUCACCAGCUUAACUUUUUCUUAUUCCUUGCAAUAUUUUUUGUGCUAUGUUCCUUUGUAAGGUGCAGGAGAUUCUUUGAGACUAUGAAGUGCCAAUGAUUUCAGAUCAUGUAAUCUACUAGCAUGCCUGUAGCAAGCACAUCUUUAGUUUUUUGGAGGCUGUAACAGAAGAAACUCUAAUCCAAGAUAGACUUCACAGCACUACUAAGAGUAUCACACCUUGUAAAAUUUUAUGUCAAGCUUGAUAUCAGAGUCCAAAAUCAUGUGCGAGGACUUUGCGUGGUGUAUUAGAUACACUCAGUGCCUAUAAAGAGGCACAAAAGCCGUUCAUGCCAAGUGUAAAGUAAGUAUGUUGGUCACAGAGCUGCCUUUACAGGUGAACAGGGAGUGCAGAUGACAAGGCUCUGUCCUGGAUUCCAGCCUUCUUUGGUCCCAAGCAUCUUACCCUGCCUAUGUCUGGAGGUUUGCAAUGUUUCUUACCCUGCAGUCAUUUCCUGAAUAUUGCUGCUGUCUUUUGAGAUUGGAGCAGGAUCAGAAGGCAAGGGGUUUGUGAGCUGAUGAAAUGCUACUCUUAAUCUACAGGUGGGAACACUGGCUGACAGUGAGUGAGACUGGGUGUUCACUUCGUUUCUGACCUCUGCUUGAUAGAGUUUGAACCAUCAGUUUCUCCUGUGAAGCACACCAUGACAGGCUGCAGAGCAGUGAUGCAUUUGCUAAUGUAUCAGUAGAACUUCCAGUUUAACUAAAAGAGUUAAGUGUUCACUGGAUCAGAGACUUUAUGCAUGUUGGUGGAGAAGAAAAGCUAUUGGGAGCGGUCAGAUUCUGAGCCUGCCCUGUUGCAGCUGAUGUGCAGGUCAAUGCUGUAGGACUCUGUGUUCAUGCAUAGUUCCUCUCUGUCUUAGUGGCUCUCUUACUAUGGAAAGUUAGGCUGCUAAGCACACGUUUGGGAAGCUGGUUUUAAGCUGAGCAUGUUAACAUCCUUACUGGUUAUGCACCUAGAUCUCUGGUUGCCCCAGAUCCCUGCCCCUAUUCUAACCAAUAUAUCAGCCAUUUGUGUGAAGCUGAUAAGUAUAUUUUCUGCUAUAUUUUAUACUGCAUAAAACAUGGCAGGAAGCUAGUUGGAUUAUGGAAGUAGUGUCUUUAAAUAUUACUUUUUUGGGUUUCUUUUUUUUAGUGGCCCCCAAGACAAAAGCCAGUUGCCUUUCAAAUGCUUGGAUGUCUGUUGCUUUGUUAUGGAUUACUGGAUCUAGAAAGAGUGUUGAACUAGCCAAAAAGAGGAAUCUAAUUAAGUGUGAAGAAGGACAAAUCAUGACCCAAUUUGGUGUUUAGAUUCUUUGUUUUCUGUUGUGAAUCUGAAACUGAAAUUUUGCUGCAUGUUCACAACUCAGACCUGUAAAAUGCAGAGCUGUCGGGCCUUUGAGCAGAUUUGGACAGAUGUACGUGGCAAGCCUGAAGCAGGCGUGGGGAGAAGGUAGUUUUCUGUUAUUUGUGAACUCAGAGUUACACCAGAUUUCCUUUCCUUAGCAGAGUCCUCUGUAAGUGUUAAGUUUUCAUGUGACAGACAAGUGCCCAAUUCAGACUGCAUGUUGCAUAUUUGUGUAUCGUUAUGCCUGAUGCAGCAACUAAUGGGAGGAAGUGAGAGAAAAGACAUCUUCUAAAAAGCAUAGGUUGAAGAUCCUUAACAUUAGACGCUCAAACCUGUGGAAUUCCUAAUGGUGUUACUAAAAAAAGACAGCCUGCUGGCCUACCCGAGUAAUUAGUUAAGUGUGUGUCUCUUAAGUCAAAGAAGUGGAAGGAAAGAGAGCUGAAUUUUUGCCUCUAGCCAGACAUUUUUUCACUGUUGUUUUAGCAUCACAUUAGGAUUUAUGUAAUGCAAAUUGUUUGGUUAUAGAUCAUGUUGCUUCUUGUUAGGCUGUCAUCGAUUGGGCUAAUUUGGAAGUGUGGCUGUCUUUCCAAUGAGAAACUGCAUCUGCAUUCCUGUUAAGAAAAUGCCAUAUGUCUAAAAUCCUGAUAUAUCCCUGUAAAAGCCUCUUAGAAGAAUUUGGCUGUAAUCCUAAAACAGGUGUGUGUCUUGAGUACAACAAAUUUCACAAAUUACACUUAAAUCAAUGAUGUGAUGAAACAGGGCCACUCAGGGAAGUGGAGAGUGUAACUGAGGAACAUUACAAAUUAAAUAUCUUAACGUAAGUGUUGAACUGCUGUAACUGUAGGAAUUGUAUUUGAUUUUGCUAAAACCAUUUAGGAAAUUGAUUGAAAACAUGUCAGUCAUAAACCACUGUUUUUUAAAAUGUGCACUUAAAAAUGUUAAUUGUUCUUUUAACUCCAGAGAAAGAAAACAGAAGUGUAAACUUCUAUUGUAUCCAAACUCUUGUAACGUGUUAAACUUGUGAAUCUUCUGUUUUCUUUGUUUUCUGCUUUGGCAUUAAACUUCUGCUUCUUUUUCCAGGA